AAUAUAAACAAUAAAUAUUUUGUUUUGAUAUUGAAACCGAGUUACAGUGCAGUGAUAUAAUUUAAAUAUUACUUAUUGAAGUAGUUUUAAAAGAAUCGGUAUAAUUAUCGGGUACAUUUGUAUGUCAUAAGGCAGCUUUAAAAUUCGCUCUUGUUUAAGCUUGAAUGUAUACCCGGUUUAGCAGAAUCAGCAGUCUGCUGUUGUUUUCGUCAGAUCAGCUGAUUAAUUCGGUAAAUUUGCGUAAUUUAUCCAGUAUGAGAUUCGCUGAAAAUCCCAAAAUAGCGAUCGCACAGAUGCGAUCUACCAACGAUAAGCAGCACAAUUUGAGCCAGGUGAAAAGUAUCAUUGAAAAGGCAAAAAGCCAGGAAGCUAAGUUUGUUUUCUUUCCGGAAUGUUGUGAUUACGUGGGAAGCAACCGAGAAGAAACACUAAAACUGUCGGAGCCUUUGACCGGACAAACGGUAAACGAAUACCUACGACUCGCCAGAGAUAACGAUCUCUGGAUUUCGUUCGGUGGAGUUCACGAAGCUAUUCGUGAUAGUGACACGGGCGAAGGCGAGGUUAAAAACAUUUAUAACACACAUAUUGUUGUUGAUAACCGGGGGACGAUAGUAGGCAAAUAUCGUAAGUUACACAUGUUUAAUGUAGUGACGCCGGAGUUUAAAUUUCGGGAAUCUGAAACGGUGCGUUCGGGCAGCGCACUGGUUCCUCCGAUUGAGACUCCAAUAGGCAGGCUGGGAUUGCAGAUUUGCUAUGAUGUACGUUUUGGAGAAGCCAGUACUCUUUUGCGGAAACAAGGUGCGGAAAUUUUAACCUAUCCGUCUGCGUUUGCCGUGUCCACGGGUAAAGCUCACUGGGAAGUACUGUUACGGUCACGGGCUAUCGAAAACCAGUGCUUUGUGAUAGCGGCGGCUCAGAUAGGUUUUCAUAACAAAAAACGAGAAAGUUACGGCCACGCGAUGGUUGUUGAUCCAUGGGGAACUGUACUGGGCGAAGCUGGCCAGCAAGAUCUAGACGUGGUUGUGACGACUCUGGACUACGAUCGGAUGAGUAGCGUAAGACAGAAUAUGCCCUGUUUCGAGCAUCGUCGUGACGAUGUUUACAAUUUAUCUUAUUGUAACGCGAUGCCAGGGGUGCCACUUCAGGAACAAAAAUAUUUUUUCGGAGGAAUCGAUAUACCGAAGGAAACGAUUUUCUUCUCAUCGGAGCAUAGUUUCGCAUUUGUUAAUAUUCGCUGUGUCGUUCCGGGUCAUGUUCUAGUGACUUCGAAGCGUCCUGCGUUUCGGUUACCCGAUCUGACCCCGACAGAGAUAAAUGACUUUUUUCAGACUGUCUGUAAAGUCCAGAAAGUUGCGGAAAAGUUGUACGAUGCCAAAUCAACUACGAUAACCGUGCAGGACGGUCCGGAUGCAGGUCAAUCGGUCAAUCAAGUACACUGCCAUAUUCUACCCAGACAUAAGGGUGAUUUUUCGGAGAAACGUCAGUUUUAUAAAGAGUUCAACCAGCAUGACAAGGAUCCAAAACAGCCACGGCGAUCGUUGGAGGUAAUGAAUGCCGAGGCAAAAAAGUUUCGAGAGGAGUUUCUGCGAAUGUUCUGAGGUAGCGGGACAAAUGUUCAGAAUCAACUAUUUUUUUUUUCCGCAAAAUUCUACAAAGAUACUAAAGCGAAUUAGAGUUUAAGAUAUUUUAAUUUAAUGCCAAAAAUGUGAAAAAAAAAUCUCAGGGAAAAAAUGAAUCGAUCGCACAAACAAUCGCUGUGAGUUGUUUUCCUUAGUAGUAUACAUUCUUAGACGUUCUAGUUUCCACGAAACGUGCGGCGGCUCGGCUUCCCGAUCUAACGCCAGCAGAGAUUAGCGAUUUUUUUCAGUCCAUCUGUAAAGUUCAGCAGGUGGCCGAAAAGUUGUACGAUGCCACAUCGUCGACGGUAACUGUG